AUGUCGGCCGCGGACCUAGACUCGAAUGCGUGGUAUAUCGUUACUUCACAACGCUACGUCAACGUCUCCCAGCCCAUCGAUUCCUGUCUGCAACUCACAAGAGAUGGCCCAAGAGUAUCUUCAUGCGAUGAGAAGCGCUUCAUGGCGUGGCAGUUCGAGCCGGUCGAGUCCAAGAAGGGGCGAUAUGUGAUGAGGAUGAAUGCAACAAGCGUGCGACAGCAGCUCUCAGUGUGUUGGGACUCCGAUGAAACAGAUGAUGGAAAGACAGUUGGAUGCAUGCGAAGGACGAAUGCUGAAGACCCUCAGCUAUGGGACAUUGUUGAUAGGGGAGACGGCACAUACGACUUUCUCAACGCUGCAAACGGGACCGGGCGUGUCCUCGAUGUUCAUCAGGGCUCGAACCUGUUUAUGGCGAGCAAAGUUGAAGGGACCGGCGACAACAACAGUUCUAGUUCUGCUCAACGAUGGAUUAUGACAAGCGAUAGGCCUGUCAACAACCGCGUUUACUCAACUGUUUACCAGUCAGAGCCAACUUUCUUCCCGCCAAUACCUGGGUUUCCCAUGAGCCCUAACGGCCCUAUCGGUCCCAAUGGAGAUAUUUCACGAGCCGGUCUCUCGUCGAGCGCGGCAGCCGGCAUCGGUAUCGGGGCUGCUAUCGGCGGCAUCGCUCUGGCGGGGACUGCGGCUUUGUUGUGGAGAAAGAGGAGAUCCCCCAAGAACGUUGUCACAGACCAAGAACCGCAGUACCAAGAAGUCGAGCGCGAGCGCGCUUAUAGCCCAAAGCCCCCGAACUACAUGGAGAGUCAACGGGCGGCUGAAGCAGAAGCGAACCAAGUAUUUGAGGCGCCAUACGAGGACCCUGUUCAUGAAGUGCCAACAGACGACCUUGCCAACCGCCACGAACUGCCCUGA